AUGUUACGUUUGGUACAGAGCCGGCUAGUUUUUGCAAGAUAUUGCCACAAAGGUCCUCCGGUCAUCGGUAGCGGAUGUGGUGAAAAAAUGAAGUACCUCAAUGUGGCCGAGAAGAACGAUGCCGCCAAAACCAUCUCAGGACUGCUGUCGCGAGGAGCAUCUCAGAGGAGAGAAGGCUACUCGCAGUACAACAAGAUCUACGAGUUCGACUACAAUGUGCAUGGCCAGUCGGUGAAAAUGGUGAUGACAUCGGUGUCCGGGCACUUGUUGAACCACGAAUUUCUGCCCAGCUUUCGUGGCUGGCAGAGCUGCAACCCGGAGGAUCUGUUCGAUGCACCGGUUCGCAAGAGUUGCCCGGAGUCGUACAUAAAUAUUAAGAAAACUCUCGAACGCGAAAUCCGAGGCUGCACAGCGCUCAUCAUCUGGACCGAUUGCGAUCGGGAGGGAGAAAACAUUGGGUUCGAGAUUAUCGAGGUGUGCACUGCGAUCAAGGCGCAACUGCGCGUAUUUCGUGCAAAGUUUUCCGAAAUUACGGCUACAUCUAUUAAACGAGCAAUCGAAAAUCUGAUUCAACCGGACGCCCGGCAGAAUGCGGCCGUUAACGUGCGCAGUGAACUCGAUUUACGAAUCGGAGCGGCAUUCACACGCUAUCAAACGCUACGGCUACAGAGAAUCUUCCCGCAGGACAUAUCCAACAGUCUGGUAUCGUACGGAAGUUGCCAGAUCCCGACGCUCGGUUUUGUAGCGCAACGGUAUAAGGAGAUUGAAAACUUUAUACCCCAGAGCUUCUGGAAGAUAAAACUAACGCACACCAUCGGAGAGCUGACGGUUGAGUUCAAUUGGACCCGCAAUCGACUCUUCGACAAGCAGUGCUGCGAGGCAUAUCUGAUGGUCUGCCAGGCAAACCCGGAGGCAAAGGUGGUGAACGUGACGGAAAAACCCAAGAACAAAUGGCGCCCCACACCGAUGGACACGGUUGAGCUGGAGAAGCUGGGAUCUCGCAAGCUUAAAAUGAACGCUAAACAGGUGAUGACGAUCGCCGAGAAGCUGUACACACAAGGUAUCAUCAGUUAUCCGCGUACGGAGACGAACAUGUUCACGGCUGACAUGAAGCUGACCCCACUGGUGCAGGCGCAUGUCAGUAGCCCACAGUGGGGCUCAUUUGCUGAGAAAGUCCUCCAGUGGGGUCCGAAUCCGCGCAACGGGAAAAAGUCCGAUCAAGCCCAUCCUCCAAUCCACCCGACGAAGCUACCGACCAACCUGUCCGGUGACGAGUGGCGCGUGUACGAGCUCAUCGCACGCCACUUUCUCGCGUGCGUUAGCCGCGACGCCACCGGUUCCGAAACAAUCGUGAACGUGGUCAUCGGUGAAGAAGAGGAAGAGUUCACCGCGUCCGGACUGUGCAUUCACGAGCGCAACUAUCUCGAAGUGUACCCGUACGACCGGUGGAACGCGAGAGAGAUACACGACUACCGCGUUGGCCACACGUUCGAGCCGACCGAGCUCGGACUGCACGAGGGAUCUACGACGGCGCCGAAUAUGCUGACGGAAGCGGAUCUGAUAGCGCUGAUGGAGAAGCACGGCAUCGGAACGGAUGCGACCCACGCCGAACACAUCAACACGAUCAAGGAGCGUGGAUAUAUUGGAGAACGCGAUCGGGGUUUUCUGGUGCCCGGUACGCUCGGGAUGGGGCUGGUCGAAGGGUACGAAAUGAUGGAGCUCCGGUUGGCCCACCCCGAGCUGCGAGCUGGUCUCGAGGUGGACCUUAAACUUAUCUGCGAGGGUCGUAAGGAUCCGGAUGCCGUGCUCGCCGAACAGAUUGGCAAGUACAAAGAGGUGUAUCGGGUUAUGUCACAAAAAGCACGAUCACUCGAUCAAGCGCUCGGGCAGCGCUUGAAUCAGACGCCUCGGGAUCCACCACCGGAUGGAGCGGCAGCGAUUGGUGGUGCGUCUUUGAGGGAAGUCUGCAAAUGUCCCAAGUGUGGCCAGGGGAUGUGUCUUCGACAAAAGCGGGACGCCAGCACAUAUCACUUGGGGUGCGUUGGGUUUCCCGACUGCAGGAACAGCGUGUGGUUCGAUGACUCGAUCCGCGAAGCCGCCGUGACCGAUGACACGUGUGCCCGGUGUGGCAGCAAAAAGAUGGUAGUCAAGUUCCGGCAGCUUCACUACUAUGGGCUACUGCAGUCCACGGACAUGAGCGAGUAUCGCACGUGUAUCGUGUGCGAUAGUAAGUUCCGUGGAUUGCUCAACAUCAACGAAGCUUCCGUACGACAAGCCACGGCGCCAUCGGCAGGCACGACAAACAGCUGGGGAACUGCCAAUCAGACCAUUCGACCACCUGCAUCGCCCAUCGCAAGGACCGGAAAUGGUAGUGGUCGAACGAAUAGCAGCACGUGGGGCACUUCAAGUAGCCAAACCAAUCGACUUCCACCACCCGGUGGCAGUGAAAAUGGCGCUCCGAAUGGAAUUGGCCGAUCAAACAGUACCAGUGGCACCAGCUCCUGGGGCCAAUCCGGAAACACAGCAUCGAGUGGCUGGGGAACCAACCAGUCGUCAUCGUCCAACCGGGGCACUAAUAGUAGCACGUCUGGCUGGGGCAAGCCUCCCGACAAUCGAAACAGUACCUGGAGCCGUCCGGGUGGGGGGCAACAGGUGGCAGAAGAUGACAACGAAAUUCUGUGUCGUUGUGGUACGCCAGCGAUUAGGCUUACGGUGAGAAAAGAAGGUCCCAACACAGGGCGGCCAUUUUACACCUGCCCGAAUCAGGCCGACAAGUGUGGGUUCUUCAAGUGGGGUGAUGAGGAUGUGCGUCCAGCGAGUGUGGGUUGGUCUUCCGGCGGGGGUUCGUCAAGCUGGGGAGGCGCAGGGCAAUCAGCAGGCCCCAGUCGGGGAAGCAAUAAUGGCCAAACGGGAGGACGAGGUAACAAUGGUUCCGUUGGUUCGGGUGCGACAGGUAGCCGACCGACGAAAACGGUACGUAAGUGUGGCCUGUGUCGGCAGGAAGGGCACACGAAGAACAAAUGUCCCCAGCGGACGGGGGCAUCCGAUGAAUGA